GCCGGGCUGGGCCGGCGCGAAAUGGCGGACAGGUUCUCCCGCUUCAACGAGGACAGGGACUUCCAGGGCAAUCACUUUGAUCAGUAUGAGGAGGGGCACCUGGAGAUCGAGCAGGCGUCUCUCGACAAGCCCAUCGAAUCGCCCAGUUUUUAAAGCCAGGAUAAUAUUGGACAUCGCUUACUCCAGAAACAUGGCUGGAAGCUGGGCCAGGGAUUGGGAAAGUCACUGCAGGCGUUAUGAUCCUGGACUUGUUGUGGUGAUGGUAAACUUAGCAGUGGGAGGACAGAUCCCAUCCCUAUCGUUGUCAAGUAUGAUGUCAUGGGCAUGGGCCGGAUGGAGAUGGAGCUGGACUACGCCGAGGAUGCCACGGAGCGGAGGCGAGUGCUGGAGGUGGAGAAGGAGGACACUGAGGAGCUGAGGCAGAAGUACAAGGAUUAUGUUGAUAAAGAAAAGGCCAUUGCCAAGGCUUUGGAAGACCUCAGAGCAAACUUCUACUGUGAACUCUGUGACAAGCAGUAUCAGAAGCACCAGGAGUUUGACAACCACAUCAACUCCUAUGACCAUGCUCACAAGCAGAGGUUGAAAGAUCUCAAGCAGAGGGAAUUUGCUCGCAAUGUGUCGUCGAGAUCCCGGAAGGAUGAGAGGAAGCAGGAGAAGGCCCUGCGGCGCCUGCACGAGCUGGCAGAGCAGAGGAGGCAGCCUGAGUGUGCUCCUGGAAGUGGGCCCAUGUUCAGGACCACCACGGUGGCUGUGGAUGAGGAAGGCGGAGACGACGAUGACUCCGCAGCCAACAGCGGCUCCUUCGUCCAGGGCACAGAGAUGACCACGGACAGAGGCUUCCUGAACACUGGGCAAGGCACUGUGGUGCCAGGCCAGGCAUCACAGGGGGCACAGGCCAUCAGCUUUGGCAUUAAGGGCUCUCUGGGAACUCCCCUGCAGAAGAUUGGGGUGUCCUUUUCCUUUGCCAAGAAGACCCCAGUGAAGCUGGAGACCAUCGCUUCUGUUUUCAAGGACCACGUGGACGAAUCCAGUUCUGGAGAUGGGGCAAAAGGUGAUGAGAGGGGGUCCUCAGAGGGUGGCAGCCUGCAGAAGUCUGGGGAGGGUGAAGGCACCAAUAAUUCUGAUGGCAAGGGGGAGGACGAUGACCAGCACGACAAGGACAGCGGGGCUCUGGCCAGCACCUUAUCCAAACUGAAGAAGAUGAGGCGAGAAGAUGGACCAACAGCUGUGGAACCAGAAUAUUACCACUACAUCCCCCCUGCCCACUGUAAAGUAAAGCCCAACUUUCAAUUCCUGCUUUUCAUGAAGGCUACUGAGCAAACGGAAGCGGAAAAUGCGAACAAAAAAAACGCGCACGAAGCGAAGAAGGGGAGUUCCCCCAAACCCAAACCCAGCAAGCACACGGAAAAGGCUGCCGAGAGCACGGGGCAGCAGAAGGAACAGAGUACUACUGAAACUGCAGCCCAGCAGGGCAAAACAGAACGAGAAGACAUCCCAGAGAAUGAAAACACACAGGAGAGCAAGCAUCUUCCAGAGAGCAAUCCCCCUGAGCCAGACACUGCUAAAGAAGCUCCUCCUCCUGCCUCGGGCUGCAGAGAUGGCUCUGAGGGACCAAAGCACCCCACAGGACCUUUUUUUCCUGUUCUGAGUAAGGAUGAGAGCACGACACUGCAGUGGCCUUCAGAGCUGCUCAUCUUCACCAAAGCUGAGCCCUCUGUGUCCUACAGCUGCAACCCCCUGUACUUUGACUUCAAGCUCUCCCGUAACAAGGAUGCAAAAGGGAAAGGGGCAGAGAAAUCCAAGGAUCCAGGGGGGCUUUGUAAGGACAACGCUCAGAGCACAGAACCUGGUGAGGUGAGCAAAGCCAAGGAGGCUGAAAGUGUAGAGAACAGUUCUGCUCAAAAAAUGGAAAACAAACCCCAGAGCAAGCAGGAGUCCGGUCUGGGGAGCGUCGGUAAGGGAGAGGGGGAGGACAGCGGUAAGAGUGUAACGGGGAAGAGUAAAUCUGGAAGAUCCCAUAAACACAAAAAGAAAAAGAAGCACAAAAAGUCCAGCAGACACAAACGCAAACACAAGGAGGAAGCUGAGGAGAAGGCCCGGAAAGCUGAGCUGGGGGAAGAGAAACCCAAGAAACGGAAAAGGCACAGGCACAAAAAAGGUAAAUCCUCCCUUUCAACUGAGUCAGACCGGGCACUGAAACCUGAACUGUCUGAAGACUGCAGCCAUUUCCAGAAGAAAAAGCGAUGCUCCCAGGAGUCCCAGAGGAAAUCCCUGUCUGCCGAGGAGGGAAGCAGCACUAAAAAAGAGGACGGGGGUAACUCCUGCCAAGAGCACGGCAGCAAAAGGCACAAGGCUGAGCUGCAGCAGGUGCCUGGAGCGAGGCGGCGCUGCCCGGCUCUGUCCCAGCCCCGCAGCGGCUGCCGGAGCCGGCAGAGCAGCGGUGACGACGACAGCGACGAGGGCUCCCCUGGCAAGCACUGCCACCAGAAGUCCCCGUCGCGGUACAGCGAUGACGACUACGAGUCGGGCAGCGAGCACUCGCGCAGCCGCUCCCGCUCGGGCCGCAGGCGCUCCUCACACAGGUCCUACUCCAGCAGCUCGGAGGCCUCCUCGGGCCACAGCCGCUACAGCCGCCACAGGAGCUACUCGGACGACAGCUACAGCGACUACAGCGACCGCUCCCGCUGCCACUCCAAGCGCUCCCAGGACUCCGAGGACGACUCCGACUACAACGGCUCCAACCACCGCUCCAAGCGGCGCAAAUACUCCUCGUCGGAAGAUGACUACAGCUCGAGCAGGAGCAGGUCCAGGAGUCGGAGCAGGAGCAGAAGCCACCCUCGGGGCAGGUCGAGAUCGAGGAGCCGGGGCAGGAGCCGCAGCAGCAGCUGCAGCCGCAGCCGGAGCAAGAGGAGGAGCCGCAGCGGGACCGGGCGCAGCUGGAAGCGCAGCCGCAGCUACAGCCGGGACCGCAGCCGCAGCACCCGCAGCCACUCGCAGCGGUCCCUGUCACGGAAGGGCUCGCGGGGCCACGAGAGCCCCGAGGAGAGAAGGUCUGGCAGAAGGGACUUCAUUCGGUCCAAGAUCUAUCGCUCACAGUCUCCUCACUAUUUCCGGACGGGCCGAGGCGAAGCGGCGCCGCCCAAGAAGGAGGAUGGCAAAGGAGAGGAUCUGAAAGGAUCUGGCUCCCUGUCCCAGAACAGCAGUGGCUCUGGCAUGGGACGGGCCUCGGAGGGGGACUGCAGUCCUGAGGAGAGGAACUCCGUCACUGCAAAGCUGCUCUUGGAAAAGGUGCAGUCCAGGAAGGUUGAGAAGAAGCCCUGUGUUGCUGAUGAGAUGCUGUCAGGGGCAAACAAAGUGGGCAUAAAGCUCAAAGAUCCUCCCCAGGGCUACUUUGGCCCCAAACUGCCUCCUUCCUUAGGCAACAAACCGGUUCUGCCCUUAAUUGGGAAGUUGCCAACCAUUCGGAAACCAAACUCCAAAAGAUAUGAGGAGUCUGGCUUGGAGAGGGGUGAGGAGCAGGAGCUGUCAGAUGCUGAGGAUGGUUCCCAAGGCAUGGAGGAGGGUCAGCUGGCCGGCCAGUCUCUCCUGGAAGAUGUGGUGAUGGUAAUUCAGGACAAGCCUCUGGAUGAGCAGAAACGUGAUGAAGCCUCUGUGGAGAUGCCAUCCCUUCCCCUGGACACGCCAGCGCUCCCUGAGUGCUUUGGCUCCAGAGAUCUGGUCAUGCCACACAACUUCCUCUCGGAUCCGAGCGACGGUGAUGGGCUGGAGCCUAUGGAUGGGGGCAACCAGACAGUCCCAGUGGAAACCAGUAUGAUGCCCUUAGUUCCAGAUGUUGAGCACUUUCCUGGCUAUGUGCCUCAGAGCGGGGAGCCCAGCAUGGAAGGAGAUCGGGAGGGGGGAGAAGAUUCCUCUCUAGCCCCGCUGGAGAGCCAGCCCAUCACCUUCACGCCCGAGGAGAUGGAGAAGUACAGCAAGCUGCAGCAGGCGGCCCAGCAGCACAUCCAGCAGCAGCUGCUGGCCAAGCAAGUGAAGGCUUUCCCCACCUCGGCCGCCCUGGCUCCGGCCGCCCCUGCCCUCCAGCCCAUCCACAUCCAGCAGCCGGCAGCAGCCUCGGCCACGUCCAUCACGACGGUGCAGCACGCCAUCCUGCAGCACCACGCUGCUGCUGCUGCUGCCGCCAUCGGCAUCCACCCCCAUCCCCACCCACAGCCCCUCGCUCAGGUCCACCACAUCCCCCAGCCACACCUGACACCCAUCUCCCUGUCCCACCUGACCCACUCCAUUAUUCCGGGUCAUCCCGCCACGUUCCUGGCCAGCCACCCCAUCCACAUCAUUCCGGCGUCCGCCAUCCACCCCGGCCCCUUCACCUUCCACCCCGUCCCUCACGCUCUGUACCCGACCCUCCUGGCUCCCAGGCCAGCAGCUGCUGCUGCUGCCACAGCCCUGCACCUCCACCCUCUGCUGCACCCCAUUUUCUCAGGACAGGACUUGCAGCAUCCACCCAGCCACGGCACAUGAAGGACACAAUGAAGGAACCUCGGAGGAAGGAGAGUAUUUGGCGUUUUGGGAAGGGGUUGGAGUUGAGCCAGCGGGCAGGUGAGGCCUGAGCAUUUCCUUUCACUCUUGAGCAGCCAAAGAAGCCGGGGGCUCGAGGGCUGGGCAGGUGGCUGCACCCCAGGGAAGUCUCACUCCAGCUCCUCCAUGCACACAGCAGCACUGCUCCAGAGGAACCAUUUCACCUUUACAACAGUGAGACACUUGAAAAGGCUUUUUUUCCCCCCUGGAUUCUUACACUUGGUCAUCUUCCUUCUGCCACCUUGUAUGUGAUAAAUGAGGUUUCAUCCACACUAAAGAAUCUCUAAAAAAUCCUUUUAAUGAGGUCAUCUAAUUCAAAUAGCAUGAUUGAGCCCGGCUUGUAAUCGGUCAUGGACCAUCGGGCACUGCCGGCUGUGGAGGGGCUGGAGGCCUCAGCUUUCAGCAUUGCAGGAGGUUCCUUGGCCCCUGUCUCUGCACAUGUGGGUUUUUCUUGGUGUGAGCAGCAAAGGUGGAAGUAAGAUCUUAGUGUAAAGAGGAGGAGGAGCUCUGUGUGUGUGCCCAGAGCUCCCUUCCUUCCCCAUCCUGCAUCCACGUUCUCCUGCGCCAGGACCGUGCCUGGAUAUCCCAGACUGGAGAGAGGCUCUGGGGCUGGGAUUCCAGUCUGGGCUUUGACCACUCUUCUCCUGAAAGGGGGAAAAAAAUCACUUUGAAUUCCAUCUUCUGUGGGGUUGGGAAAGAGGCACUGGGAUGGGAGAGAGAAGGCAAAUCCUUUAGGAAUUGAAGCAAUACAGAGGACGGGGGAGCGCGGCCUGGAUGUAAAACGUGUUCUUUCCUCUGUAACACUGAUGGUUUCUUUAUUAAUUUAUAGGAUUUUUUUUAAUGUAAAGAAUUGCACUGAACUCUGUAAACAAAGAUGCUGCUUUUUGUAGCUCCUAUCAAAGGUUACAUUUGUAGUAUAUCGCAAUAAUAUUUUUUACAGCCAGUUCUUAGUGGUACUUGUUCUGGUGGCUUCUGUGUAAAUAUGUUUGCUGUAGGUGACCCAAGACACUUGUAAAGGUUCAAUUUAUAGUUUCAGCUAGAUGCAGAACAGCUAAGCAUGUAUAUUUUAUCAAGCUCAUGUAUUUUUGAAGUUUUUAUGUAGUAUAAAAUGUAAAAACAAACAAAAUCUUCAUUUAGAAUUUUGCAAAAGAAAAAAAAAUCAACAGGUGAGACUUGGGCGAGGUGAGGGUUUGGGGGUAGCAGUGACUCUGGCAGGUUCUGUGUUCCUCCCUGCCAUAGGAAUGGGCACUGGAGCAGCCUGGGGAGCAGCAGGAAUUCAGGGUGCUCCCAGAGAAUAGGAGCCCUUUUUUCCUUUCCUUUUCCCCCUCUUUGGAAGCAGUAAUGUGGAGCCUUGGGACUGCUCCCAGCCCACACAGAGGGUUACCCCAGCUUAGUCCAUAAGGGAUUUCCCAGUUCUCCCAGCAUCACCCAGCUCAGGUGACACUGCAGGUGUCACAGCCCUUGGGCCACCACGGCUGGAGGGAGGGAUUUCCGAGCAGUGUGGGGAUGUGGUGACAUCCCUGUCCCAUUCCCCAUCCUCAUCCUCUUCCCUGGAGUGCAGCACGAGGCCAGGCAGAGUCAAAGGAUCAAACCCCCCUGAGCUCCCUCACCGUGUAAAUGAGAAUUGGAGCAGGUCAGAGUGACAGCAGUCACAAAAAAGGGACUCAAUUUCCUGUAAAUACCAGACAAUUCAGUGUUACUGUCAGAGCUGAGCUUCAUAGGGCCCAUCUGUGCCCUGGCCCCACUGCACUGUGGGCAGGGAUUGUUUUUGGACUUCAGGAUAGCGCUAAAAUGAUUAACCUGUCAUUACUUACAAGCAUAAACAGACUGUAUUUAACUUUGUCACAUAAGAUAUAUAUAUAAAUAUAUAUAUAUGCUGUAAAAUGAGGGAAAAAAACCUUUCUAAUAAACCAAUGAUUUGUGGAAAAAGAAA